AUGCCAGUAUGCAUGCAGAGCAGCAUGCAGAUGUGAGUUUUAGCAGCUCUUGAACUGUUAUGUAUUCAGUGAAGCACAGGGAAGUGUUCACAUGCACAGACUGUAGUGUUCUGCAUGUAAUCACCUCAGGUGUUUGUUUCAGGACAGCUCAGUUCACACACAAGCAUACAGAAACUCACUUUUAAGCUGCUCAGUAGGUCCAACACACAGUCAGAUCUGCAGUGAAGCAGCUCUUCUGGUGCAGCAGGGGUUUAAGAGCCUUUCUCUCAAGGAUUUCUUUCUGCUGGUAAUGAGAGCAUAACAGACAUUGUUGUCUUACUUUACCUGCAGAUAUAUCACCUGCUGUUUCAGGAUAAAAAGGACCUUCCUCUUACAAACCUGCUUCUGUUUCUAAACCAUUUAUAUUCGAGGAAGGACAGUAAAAGUUUAGAUGAAUGAAGUCACAACAUGGUUCCUGUGGAGCAGCUUAAAGCACAACACUCCUGUGAAGAUAAGCUAAAUAUUUUAUACCAUGACAUUGUGAGAGAGUUUUAACAGCAAGUGUGUCUCCGUAUGAGUGAAAAUUGUACAUAACAAGCUCAAGAGCUGACAAAAAAAUCUUCAAACAAAAGCACACAUGAAGUAUUUAUACAGUCUGUGUCCUCAAGCAUUCAACCUCAGACUCUGCUUUCUUACCCAUUCUGACUGCGUAAAGUGCGAUGCCUGUUUUUCUGGCUCUAAUUGGACCCCAAACAAUGACAGGCAGAAUAAUAAAGCAGCUUCUGCACAAUGCUCCAUGCAAAUUCAGUGAAAAACAAGGUUUUGUUAGAACUCUGUUCAACGGGACAAAUCACGUAAUAACUGUCAGGAGUUCAACGAAGCAGUCUAGUUUCUGAAGACCUCCGAUAGCUUUAUAAUAAAAAGGGGGAAAAAAGUUUUAAAAGUUCAAAAACCAAGAAAAAAGAAUCGACUAUUGGAUGGAGUCGUCAUUAUUUAGAUGGUACAUUUAAAACUGACUUCAUGGAACCUUUAAAAGGCUUUAUAAAGAGAAACAAAGGGUCUUCAAUGAUGCAAACAUGGAGAUAUUCAUCUGACCGUAAUCUUCAGUUUAUCCAGGAUCAGGUCUUACAUUGAGAAGGUCAGCUGAAACGGCACUCCAGCACCUCCUGUGGGAUCCUGAGGGGUUCUCAGGUCAGAUUGCAUAAAUAUAAUCCCUCCAGUGAAAAGUGUCUCUCCUUUAAAACAGAGGUGCCUGUAAACUACCAAAGAGAGGUGCUGAGGAGACAUCCUAGUCAUCCUAGUUUCAAUGUAAACAAACAGGAUAUAAGAUAAAUGUGAAGACAUAAUCUACAGGUUUAAAACAGAAACAUGCAUUGGAUUAACCUCAGAUCAAAUUUAAAAACUGUAAUCUGUAAAUAUUCCCAUUUUUUUACAUCCACGCUGCAGAGAAUUCCCUAAUUUUGAUUAUGAAUGAAAUGAGUUUACUUUCAUUGCUGCAGUAUCCCAGCUGCUGCAUGAGAUAUCUAUCUAAUCAUAUCAUAUCACACACCUGAAUGAUCCUCCAAAGGGGAAGCUACUGCCCUUGGAAGAUCCCUAUAACUCAUCCUACUUUAAUUCCUGUUUUAAUCAUCUUCAGUCAUGCAUUACCUGGAUAUUAAUUAAGCAUCAAUGUUGUGUACGAUUGGCACCCCUCGUGUAAAGUGUUACUGAUUUAAUCUUUUUAAUUACUGAGUAAAUGCAAAGGAGACUGAUCUUUGGUCUGUUUCUGCCUUGAAAUUUCACUAUCAUCCACAAAAUGCUGAAAAAAGACAAUAAAGAUAAUGUUCACUGGAUAACAACAAUAUAAGGGAAUAUGUUAAAUUCAUUUUCUUUUUUAAGUCACAUGGAGACAUCUGCGUUUAUUCAGCCUGAUGCAAAACUAGCUGUACUCUCCUCAAUUGAUCACUGUGAAUAAUGGACAAAGAACUUUAUUUUAUGAUUUCAAAAACAGCUACCAUCCACUGUUUGAUAUGUCAGUGCAUCCACCGAUAAAUUGCUUACCCAAAAAUAACACACCACCUGUCUGUUUCUUCUCUGUGCCCAACACCUGUGUCAAUGAGUUCCAGCCUUCAAUCAAAUACCCUGAGAACAGAGACUACUUUGUGUCUAUGGGUAACUUCAAAUCUGAGCACAUAAAAAAUUACAUAUGAGGUUCCCCAAGGCUCCAUCCUGGGGCCUCUUUUGUUUAAAAUCCAUAGGCUACUACAGGCUCAGAUUAUACAAAACAGCAACUAUACUUACACAGAUGAAACACAGUUAUAUAUGACAAUGUCAGGGGGUAGAUGUGCAAGCCCUGAGCACGUGCUCGGACUAAAUCCAUGAGUAAAUGUGCAAGAUAAACUUGUUUUUGGAGUCAAACAGGAGCGAUUUAAGCUACAGUUGAUAAUGACCAACAAAGCCAGAAAUGUGGGUGUAGUCAUGGACUCAGACCUGAAUUUUAAAAACCAUGUUAAGAUGAUCAAGACGUAAGCAUACUAUCACCUUAAAGGAUUUAUUUCCCAGAAGGACCUGGAAAAAAAUGGUCUUCAGCCCUCUUGAUCACUGUAAUAGUGUCUCUUUAGAUCUCUAAAACUGCAAUCUGACAUCUGCAGCUGAUCCAUAAUGCUCCAGAAUGGGUCCCAUCAGUCCAGCACUGAGGUCUUUGGUCUUUACACUAGCUUCCUGUUUGUCAGAGGGUAUAUUCUAAAAUCCUGCUGCUGGUUUAUAAAGCUCUGGGGACUUUAACGGCUUUAAAUGUCACUUUUUGAUGACUUUUCUUUCUUUGAAUAUGUUUCCUUGACCUCUGUAAUGAUACCUUUAAUAUCCUGUGUGAAGCACUUUGAAUUGCCUUGUUGCUGAAAAUGCUGGAGAAUAAAACUUGCUUUUCUUUGCCAGUAUUAUAGCAGCAGCAAAAUCAUUUCAACACUUAUUUCUUUUUCAUUUGUCCCUUCCUGUAAAAAAAAAAAAAGACUCUAAUAAGAUGUUUUUCUUCCUCUGGAAAUGCCACCCAUUAUUUAUCAGACUAAGAGAUUUGAUGUUGUUGUUGUCUGAGCUCUUUGAGUCAUUUCAUUAUGUCCUGGAAGGUACAGCCCCCAGUAAAUUGUUGUAGUAAACGUGUUUCUCCUUUAGUCCCUGGUUGGUGCAUCACCGCUUCAGUGCUGACACCAAAGAGAGGGACGGAUCAGAGGCAGGAGGACCUCAGUCACCUUCAUACAUCGCUACUACAGCCAACAUGCAACUGGGAGCCUUGGUCACAUUCGGUGAGUGAAUUAAAGUUUUUCUGACAGUAAAAUGCGGUUCGAAUUUUGUCAUUGAGGUGCUGAAAGUAACAGGAUCUGUAUGUUUUGUUGUCUGUAAUGACUGCUCAAUUAGUCAAGUGGACUUAACUUGCUAUACUUGCUUAUUUAAUGACUGUGUUGUGCCUUGUUUUUCCAUGAAACUCAAAAACGAAAAAAAAACAUUAAGGAUGUGUGGACUAAUACAUUUCUAUUUCAGGGAUUAUAUUUCCUCAGAUGUUCAGCCUCAGCACCUCUCCUCCUCCUCCUCCUCCUCUUCCUCCUCCUGACUGCUCGGCUACUGUUCGUACCUGCAUGUCAGAUUUGUGUAAGAAAGAACAGGCGCUUCACCGUGGCGUCUGUUAUGGUGAGUAACACUAAAAGACUCUUUUUGCUUAAGUAGGGAUUAGAACAUGGUGUAACUCUUAUGUUUCCUCCUGGCAUCAUAAAAACAUUGCCUACAUGUCCUCAGGAGACUCAGGACAUGAGGCGUUUGUCAAUUGAAUUGCAGCUCCUCCAGUAAAGCUUAAAUGUAAUAACUGGGGCAAUAGCCCGGAGCAAAGUUUAUAUAACUGCAUGAACAGAUAAUAAUAAAUUGGAUGCUGACUGCCUUUAAGAUAUGUCGCUCUUUUAUGUUCAUGGUCUUUUGAUGUUUUCCUGCACAUACAUAAACAGAAAAGACAAUCAGAGCAGCUGCACACAGAAAACACCUGUCGCAUGUGUCUCAUUCCAGUUUUUCUGCCUCUCUCUUUUUCUCUCUGUGUUAUUGAAGAUGAGGCAUGUCAAAUAAAAGGCUCACCAGUGUGUAACAUGACCAUCCAGGCUGUACUGGACCAGUAUCCCCCUCUGCAGGGGUGUGUGUGUGUCUGGGAGGAGGAGCUCUGUGACUCUGUACAAGCGCUCUCCACACAAUGCAGUCUACUGACAGGUGCAGUAUUCUCUAAAAUAACCUCUCUGUUUUGUUUACUUGACGGUAUCUGAUCUUCUGAUCAGACGAAAAGCUUUUCUGAAUAACAAUCAGAGGCAUGAACAUUAGAUGAGUCAGUGUCUCAAAUUGUAGUUCCUCCAGAGUCCACUUGAGGCUUGAUCUAAAAUCCAAAGGUUAUUAAUAACAAUAAUCUCUGUAUUCACCUUUUGUGUUUUGUUUAAUUAUGCACGCUUUAGGAGAAAUACACAUUUCAUUGAGACUUAUCUUACAUUAAGAAAGUUAUAUUUGCAUUAGCCAGGGCAUGGCUGAUUUGACUGACAUAUGGGGGAAUUGCAGCUGUUUGCCAGGUGGCCAAACAUCUCCCUCAGCUUCCCGUCUUUGCCUGAGAAUGACAGUCUGAUCGGUCAUGACCAUAGAAGGAGACAGAGGCAGGAACAGUUAUAUGUUAUUGUUAAAUGCUAUUAUAGUUAUCCCUAUAAUAGAAAUAUUAUUAAUAUAACAAACAUGGAAUGAUUAAAUGUCUCAUAUAUAAAUGAUUUAAUAUAUAUGCCUUGUGUGUGUAGGCCGAUAGCAAUUGCUCUACCAAUCGGCUUGAUGUGUAUUUAUGAAAAUCCAUGGUUAAAAUUAAUCUUGAGUACACAGGAAUAUAACUUAAACUCUGAGGUUUGUUAAAAACCAAACCGUUCGAAAAUCGGUUUAAAAUUAAGCAAUCUAUAGUUAUUUAAAUGCUUUAUGCACCGUAGACUGUAAUGUUGAGUGGGCGAGCUUCCCGUAGCAAGAUGGCCGCCAUGCGCGGACGUCUGUCUCCAUCCGGCUGUUAAGCGUGACGUCAUUUUGUGAGCGGAGCGGCUUCCGGGUCCAUGGGGAAUCAGCCUCCAUUCACUCUCCAUUCAAAACAACAAUGGCGGAACCCGUGAAUCUCUUUAAAAUAACCUCCUUUUUCAGAAGGGAACCACUCAGAGUUAAAAAGGGACUUAAAGCUUUCAACUCGGAUAGAGUUAUUAACGUAAAUUUUAGUGAUGGCGAGAUGAAGCCUCAUGAAGCAUCGAAGCUUUCCAUUCAAUUACUCGCCUCCUGGGCCGAAGCUUCAUGAUCGUGCUUCAUUUGCUCUAUUGCGCCAUCAAGUGGACAAUAAAUGUAAAACGAUAAACCAAAGACGCCCCGAGGCUUUGGUGCGCGAAGCUUUGAAUUCAAUGAAUGAAUGGAUGUGAUGCCGUGUGUUUGUGAUACAAUCAUAGACUGUAUACAGUCUAUGGAUACAAUACAGAAAUGAUGAAGUUAUUUUGUUGUCUUUGUUGUUGGGAGGAAAUCUGUAGAAUGAUAGUUUAGUCGCUGUUUUUGUCUCUGAUCAGUUUAAGCAGCAAGGGACAUAGUACUGAGGCAUUAUAACAACAACUCCACUGGACCCGGAAGUGGAAAAAGAGAACGCGGCUACGUCACGGCUUAACAGGCGGAUUGGCUAACAGCGAAUGCGUAAGCCAUCUAGCGUUUAUAUCUAUGGUUGGAACCUUCCCGGCACGUUUAAAGGCUGUUUGUUUCCCCGGGGACUCUUUUGGGAGUGGCGACAGAACGGCACAGGUAAGUGUUGGGUGUUUUAACAACAGGUUAAACUUAAUAUCGCUCCUUCCCUGUUUUAAUCUUCAUACAAAUCUGCUCGGACUUCUCCAACUGAACCUCUGUUUCUCACAGGUGAGAAGGUGCGGCUAGAUCAACCCCGGUUUACCACACGACCAGUGAUCGUCUGUAAACCACAUCAUAUAUCUGAAUAAAAGUGAAAUAUACCAACAUGUCGUGUUUGUUUUCCAUCCACACAAUCCUACAAUGACCCUUCGACUUAUACAAUGUGACCACUUGUUGCUAGCUGCCUCAUUCCUCACUCAACAGAGACCUCCGUUACACUCAAGUGAGGUUAAGUCAGCAUUUCUAACAUGGCGACCAUCGUUCAUGGGCUCUGAAACGUCUCCUCUGAAACCACUGGGUGAUGAAGCCAAGACUACAUCCAUGUUUUGAAGAAUUAAAGCGUUUGUGUUGUCAGACUAAUCAUUCAGCUCAUUUUCAGUCUCAGUGGUGUGUGUGUCUGCUGUCAAUGUGUUUAAUCAAGUGCAGAGUUUUGGGAAAUGUUUGUGUUUGUUGAAAUUAUGUAUUCUAAAAUAUUCAGGGCUGCUGUCACUUGGAUUAGAAUAAGUUUGAUUUCAUAAAGCCUCUUUUUUCUUGUCUCAGCAGCUCAGCAGAAGAGAAGCACAGCGGACUGGCAGUCGAGCAGUUUAACCCACUAUGGUGAGAACUUUGCUGAGCAGAUUAAUGGUUCACUGCAGUGAUAAAUAACCAUCUUAAUCUUCUUUAUUAUGUUUCUUUUCACAGUGUCAGAUGAUUCUGGAUCCUGCUUGGACAGAAUGAAAGUCUGUGUCAGUGAUGAAGUUUGUAACAGGUACCUGGUACCUGUUCUUCAGGUGUGUUCAGAGGAGGAGUGUGACAGCGACAGCUGUCACCAGGUGACUCAGCAGUUUUACAGCAGCAUGCCGCUCAGUGUGGCAGAGAUGUUGGUGCUCUGUGAGUGUGAAGCUUCAGAUCAGAGCUGUCUGCACAUGAAAACAGCUCUGCACAGCAGCACCUGCGGAGGGUCCCCGUGGAUCUGUCAGGAGACGGUCAACCAGUGUGCUGAAGAUGAAACCUGCAGGUAUGAUGCUGUUCUGUUCAGUAAUACCACCUGAAGUUCUUACAAUGUAAAAAUGUGUUCAAGUGAAAUUUGCACGUGUCGUUUAACACGCUCUUCCAAUUUAACAACUCUGGUGCAGCUUUAGAGAGAAAUUUGACUGUAGAGACAGAAAUCACAAAGCUAGAAAAUGCUUUAAAAAGAUUAAUCAAAAGGGAAAUUCUUCCUGAAGGACAUGAAAAAAGGAAGCUGAAGGCCACACAUGGACAAGAAACAUCCUCUAAAGCCUGGCACACACUUUGUUAAAGAUUUCUGAGUCACAAGACUGAUUUUGGAGUCGGCCGAUUCAUCUUUUUCUGUGUUUUCGUUGUCAUUUCAGGAGGUUAAUAAUGCUACUUUUCAAACUGUUGUUGAAGUGGUAUACUUAACAUUUUAAAAGUCAAAGAGUGUCUGCGCGGCUAAAGCCUGAUCAGCCAAUAUGAAAGUAAUCACUUGAGACUGGCUCUAAAAUUUUUCAAACUUCUCAACUUUUCACCAGAAUUAAACAUUUCACAGCUCGGUGCAACUAAAAAGAGCACAAAAAACCUCUUUAGUCAUUGUGGCUUACUCCUUAAAAUCUGAUUAAGGCUCAACAUUACACAUUAUGAUAAACAAAACCCUUUAAAGUAAGGUGUUUGCUUUAGACUUCACUUCAGUUUAUUCAGCUAUUGGCCUCCAUUCUCCCCAAAAGUUGUCUUUCUGUGAAUACUUUCCUGCCAAGUCUAAUAAAUAAUACGGUUUACCCUGAGGUUUAUUUCACUUACUCUGUCCAAGAUCUGUAUGGGCUUCCAUCACAAAAACCAAAAUCCUCGCCAGUUUAUCUGAGUUUAGCGCUUAGAGCCUCCAAAAAGUUGACUUUAGUGUCAACUGGACACAGAUUUUAUGUUUCUAGAUCACAUUGUUGUGUUCACCUUCAGGGAGAAGAUGAAUAUUUAUAUCAAACUCAGUUAAAAAUGGAUUCAGAUGAGAGUGCUUGUGCGAAAACAACGAUUACCUUUGGGUAAUCUGUGAGUAUGAAUGGAGAGAAAUGUCCGAGGACCACAGCAGUCCUCCAGGAACACAAAUUCGUUAUUUCCUGGAAAUCUAUCAGGUUAGCUUGUUUUUAGGGAUAAUUAAAUGUAAACAAAGUUGUUAACUGGCAGAAAGAGUGGCUAGAAAUACCUAACUGGGACAUGGAUAAAUAAACCAUGAGACUAGCAGCUACGCUACUUUAUAGACCCAAUUUUUUGGAAGAAAGAAAUAUUAAAUAUUAAAUACUGUAUAGUGGAUUUGAAGUUGGACCGCUAAAUAAAAUGGAGCAGAACUUUUGUUUGAUUUUUUUUGGCCAUAUUUCUCCUGAAUUUCAUACAAAGUGCUUUAAAACCUUCCUAUCAUUCACCCAUUUAUACACUGAUGGCAGAAAGCAGGUGCUGCUCUGUCCAUCAGGAUUAAUCUAUGUCUCAUGGAUCAUGGACUCAGGGCACUCGAUAAUGCACUCUACUCCUGGACAGUCCCUGGGUGUAUUUUCAAUUUGCAUCUCAUUAAAAUCAAAUGUCAACGGGAAUUUAUUCAGGAAAAAAAUGAGUGAUGCCUGCAGGCUAGUCCAGGUAGGCAACUUGAUUUCAUGUGUCAGUCUCAUGAUCAUAUGACAAAUUUUUCUUCCUUAUUUGGCUGUCAGUCUAAACUUGAGGAUUUUAUAGUCUCUGUCUCUGCCCGUCAUGUCCAUCAUAGGUGUUACACUCAUGACUUAAAGGGAUAUUCCGGCGUGAAAUUAAUUUAGGGUCAAACACACCAUAACACUGAGUUAGACUCUCUUCCAGCAGCUGCUUGUUUUGUAGCAAGACCUCAGGCCAGUCCAUUACGGACUGCAGCGGGGUGACGCAGCUCAAGGAGGAACAUUUAUGAUAAUUUAUUUAUCAUUUCCUUGAAGUAAUAAUCACUAUACUAAUCAUUUUGCACUGCAGACGCGGUAAUUCUUCUGCCUAAGCGUCUCGGUCUGAUUGUAUUUUCCCAUAAAGAAAUGAUUGGACAACUUUGUAUCUCCAAUAGUGUUGUGAUUAAGUCACCAAAUCUUAUGUCCAAGUCCUCAGUCCUCAUGUGGCCUGUUGUCCUCAUCUGUAAUACAUCAAAUUUCCUUUAUAAAUGCUGUUAUUUGUUACAAAAAGAACAGCUGUUUUAGUCCAAAGUAUUCUCUGUAUGAACCUGGACUGACUGUGUGUAAUCUGUUGAAUGUGCAGACAACACAUUUAACUUCUUUAUGGGCUGUCAUGUCUGGCAUUUGUAUCAUUAGGGCUCAAAAUAAAGGUGUUUAUUUUUUUUAAUCCUAUUCUUCCUUUGACCAGCUAGACACGCCAGCCUCCGCUGCUGCUGCUGCUUGAGCAAUCUGAGUUAUAUUAGGUUAUCCUCAGAUGAGCCCUCAACACAAAAAUACCACAGAUAAUGGUCGAUCAUGGGCUUUUAAAAACUGAAGAAUGUGGCGUACUGUGUAUUUUUCUGAAACACACUCGGAAAAGCUUUUAAAGCCUGAGUAUAAAACAUAUUUUUCCUCUUAACAGGAAACUUUUUAAGACUUUCAGAGAGAAAUGUUGGAGCUCUGGAGGUAGACAAUGCACUGACACUGACCUCCAGUAUGAUGAGUGCUUCACCCGGAUGGACCCAGCUCUCAUCCUUGGUGCAGAUCCGGAGUGUAUAAGAUCCUUUUUGGCAACUCUGGGCACCGUACUUCACUAUCCCUGUACCUGCAAAGGAAUACUCAACAAAGAUCUGCCCACAUGCAACAUGAUCCAUGAUGUUUUUCAUAAUAGAUCACACUUUAGUGAGUAGGAUAUAAUCGAUUUAACUGCAUUUUGAAUAAUCUGUUUAUUGGAAACGUUUAAAAGUAUUUUUAUAUGUUUCAGGGAAGUCAUGGAAUAAAAGCAGCAACAGUCCUUCAAAACCUCCAGAAAUGAACGAAUCAGGGGACGAUGAGAUGUGGUCAAACGGUAAAUACUCAGUUUCUGUUAAUUACUGAUUCGAAUGUCAGUGGCUGAGGUAAAAUAACAAUAUAAAAAGGUUUUCAUACACUGAUCUUGACUUUUUUUGUCUUCACAGAUCAUCUUCUGUAUAUCUUUGCAACCCUGCUGCUAGUUGGAGUAAUAAUAUUAUUGCCUCUGGCUAUCAGUAAAGUAUGGUAGGUACAUCAGCGUGUUGUCCAUGCAAAGUAUGUUGAGGAGUUUUUAACAGAUUUUUACAUCACCUCACUCUUAGACCCAUCACACCUCUUCAAAACUAGAUAGGAAACUCCUCACAGUUCCUUUAAAUCCUCCUUUAUCUAAUGAUCGUACUUUUAUUUUUUUUAUCUUUGUUUCGCAGGAUCCUGAGGAGAAAAGACAGAACAAAAUUCCACCAUCCGCAGAAACGCAGUUUUGUUGUUAUUCACUGAUUUUCAUGCACAUGUCAAAGCUAUUUAAUUUUUUAUAUUUACUUUCCAAAUGUACCAUAUUUAUUAUUAAAACAUCUGAAUGUAUUUCCACAAUAUUAUAGGAUCUUCACAGGCAGCUUUGUGAGGUAGAAGAUGUUGCUUGUCGUGUUUUCAGACUUCUGACUGUUUUUUUUUUCUUCAGUAACAUUAAAAAGUGUUUUCAGUGGGAAUUUUGGUUAUUUAUAUUGUCAUGUGUUUCAUAAGUCAUCAAUUAUUAUAUAAGAACAACAUAGACUCUCUGCAGUUGCUGUGUGUCACUGGCUGUUUUGUGCUUCAGGUGUGUCUGACAUUAAACUUCACUCUGAACCCUU